AUGCCGAUCUUCUACACCCUCAUCGCGAGAGACGGUCACAUCCUCACCGAGGCCACCUCGCGCACGGUUGAGGCUGGCAACUUUCAACAGAUCGCUCUACAAAUUCUUUCUAAAAUCGGACAGGAAUCCGAAGGCGCCAAGCGAUCUUUCUCCACGGGCGGCUACGUCUUCAACAUUCAAAUCAACGAUGGCAUCGUCUACCUUUGCCUCGUCGAUUUGAGCUUCCAGAUGCGCAUGUCGUUCUCCUUUUUGGCUGAGGUCAUCAAUCGCUUCACCACCACCUACACUCGGAUGGCCGUGAGGCAAGCAAUCACGGGUCAGAUGAAGGACUUUGACCGCACUCUGCAGCAGCUCAUGGAGCAUUUCUCCAACCCCAGUGCAGACAAGAUCCACCGAGCCAAGCAGGAGAUUGAGAGCGUGAAGCAGGUCAUGCUCACCAACAUAGGCACGACCUCACCACUGCGCCAUUCUUCUGAUCUGGUGCUCAAGCGCAACGCUGACAUUGAAGAGCUGAGCAUGCGCACGGAGCAGCUCGACGACUCCUCGUCUUCGUACCGGAUGCAGACGCAGGCCGUCAAAAAGAAGAUGGUGUGGAAGAACCGCAAGUGGGCCGCCAUCCUUGGGUGCUGCUGCAUCCUCCUCGCCGUGCUGGGCAUCUACAUCGUCAUCUCCCUCAUCUGCGGCUGGACAUUCUCCAGCUGCUCCUAG